AUGUCCCGAUCUAACAGUGUUAGUCCGCCCGGAAUCGGUGCGCCUGGGCUGAGGGGAGGGACUGAACUGAGAUCAGCUUGGGGCGAGUCUGAGUCUAUUGCCAACGGAUGCCCAUACUCGGCUAGAUCUCCGAGCAAAAAGCUCGCCCGUUCGAACAGCAGAUGGACUGAAGGAGAUGAUGAUCCCGACCGACAGCCCAGACCAGGACGAGCCACGACAAUGGUUAGCAGGGUCAGUUUUAGGUCUAGAUCUGCGUGGCAAGAGCAUGGCACUGGAGAGGAGAGCCGAAACAACAACCGAUCGUCCCCUAAACACGCAGAUGGAGCCGGGGAAGUGAGACCCAAGUCUGUGGAGUUGGGCUUGGAGGACCGGAGAGUGAAGGGCACCAAACCCGAGGAGGAGGAACUCAUGUCUGAAGUUCACUUUUCCAUGGUCGCGUGCUGCAGCAGCGCGAUGCAGAUUUUCAGAUCCAAGAAAUUCCAAUCGGAGAAGUUGGAGAGGCUUUACCAGCGUUACUUUUUCCGGCUCAACCAGAGCAGUUUGACCAUGCUCAUGGCCGUUUUGGUGCUCCUGUGCGCGGUUAUGCUGACAUUCCAUUGCGCGGGGGGAGGAUGCCGGAUAGCUUACGUUGUGGUCUUUUCUUUGGCCAUCUUACUUAUCCUCAUCUUGAUGGUGGUGUGCAAUCGGAACGGGUUUCAUCAGGACCACAUGUGGAUAGUCUGCUAUGUGGUCAUUCUAGUCGUGCUGGUAUUACAAGUGAUUGGGGUCCUCCUCGUACAUCCGCAAAGUGCCUCUGAGGGAAUUUGGUGGACAGUGUUUUUUAUCCAUGUCAUCUACACGCUGCUCCCGGUUCGGAUGCGGGCUGCCGUUAUCACUGGAGUUAUACUGUCUGCCAUCCAUGUGGUCGGGUCUUGGAAGUUAAACGAAAAGGAUGCCUUUGUAUGGAAGCAGAUAGUGUCCAACGUCCUGAUCUUCUCCUGUACUAACAUCGUGGGCGUGUGUACCCACUACCCAGCCGAGGGCUCCCAGAGACAAGCCUUCCAGGAGACCAGGGAAUGCAUCCAGGCUCGCCUCCACUCACAGAGGGAGAAUCAGCAGCAGGAGCGUCUCCUGCUCUCCGUGCUUCCCCGUCAUGUUGCCAUGGAGAUGAAAGCUGACAUUAACGCCAAGCAGGAAGACAUGAUGUUUCACAAGAUCUACAUCCAGAAGCACGACAACGUCAGUAUCCUGUUUGCAGAUAUUGAAGGGUUUACCAGUCUGGCGUCCCAGUGUACUGCCCAGGAGCUGGUGAUGACUCUCAAUGAACUGUUUGCCCGCUUCGACAAGCUGGCUGCGGAAAACCACUGCCUGCGUAUUAAGAUCCUGGGAGACUGCUACUACUGUGUGUCUGGGCUGCCAGAGGCCCGGGCCGACCAUGCAUCCUGCUGUGUGGAGAUGGGGGUGGACAUGAUCGAGGCCAUCUCGCUGGUGAGAGAGGUGACGGGGGUCAACGUGAACAUGCGUGUGGGAAUCCAUAGCGGCAGGGUCCACUGUGGGGUGCUGGGACUCAGGAAGUGGCAGUUUGAUGUGUGGUCCAACGAUGUCACGUUAGCCAAUCACAUGGAGGCCGGGGGUGCGGCAGGGCGGAUCCACAUCACCAAGGCCACUCUGAACUACCUGAGUGGAGACUAUGAGGUAGAGCCAGGAUCAGGAGGAGCAAGGAACAUCUAUCUGAAGAAACACAACAUAGAAACCUACCUCAUCGUGGGCUGCAGCCAGAAAAGGAAAGACGAGAAGGCGAUGAUAGCCAAGAUGAACCGUCAGCGCGCCAACUCUGUCUCCCACAACAUGGGCCCCUGGACCGACCGGCCCUUCUACAACCACAUGGGAGGAAACCAGAUCUCCAAGGAGAUGAAGAGGAUGGGAUUUGAAGACCCCAAGGACAAAAACACGCAGGAAAACCUGAACCCAGAGGACGAGGUGGACGAGUUCCUAGGGAGAGCCAUCGACGCCAGGAGUAUCGACCGGCUACGCUCCGAACACGUCAAGAAGUUCCUGCUGACCUUCAGAGAACCAGACCUGGAGAAGAAGUACUCCAAACAAGUGGACUCCAGAUUUGGCGCGUACGUGGCCUGCGCCUCUCUUGUCUUCCUCUUCAUCUGUUUCAUCCAGAUUGUCAUUGUACCACACUCCACUCUGAUGAUUGGGUUCUAUGUCACCUGUCUGAUCAUCUUGAUGGCUGUCAUGUUUGUCUCAGCAGUCUACUCCUGUUUUGGGUUUUUCCCAGCGUCUCUACAGACUCUGUCCAAGAUGAUAGUCCAGUCCAGACUCAACAGCACCCUGGUGGGAGUCUUCACCAUCCUCCUGGUCUUUCUCUCUGCCUUCAUCAACAUCUUCACCUGCAGUACUGGAGACCUGAGGGAGUGUCUGAGCUGGGAACUGAACAUCAGUCGCAGCAGUGUGAACGCCUGCCAUGCACGCAGCCUCAACUACACCCUUGAAUCACUGGACGGCUUCUGUGGCAGCCCCUCACCCAACUGCAACUUCCCUGAGUACUUCUCUUCCUGUGUGUUGUUGACCCUGCUGGCCAGCUCAGUUUUCCUACAGGUCAGCAGUAUAGGUAAACUCUUACUCAUGCUCUUCAUCGAGAUCUUCUACGUCCUCAUCAUGGAGGUGCCAGAGGUCAGCCUGUUCGACAACGUAGACCUGCUGGUCAUGGCCAACGCUAUUGCAGUGGCCUCAGGCCUCUGUGUGAUGGACUCUAAGGUCCCUCUGAAGAUCAUGACUCCCGUGGUCAUCACUGUCUUCGUCUUGGCUUUGUAUCUACACGCCCAGCAGGUGGAGUCCACAGCCAGACUCGACUUCCUCUGGAAACUACAGGCCACAGAGGAAAAGGAGGAGAUGGAGGAGCUACAGGCUUACAACCGUCGCCUCCUCCACAACAUCCUCCCCAAAGACGUGGCUGCUCACUUUCUGGCGCGAGAGCGUCGGAACGACGAGCUCUACUACCAGUCCUGUGAGUGUGUGGCCGUCAUGUUCGCCUCCAUCUCCAACUUCUCUGAGUUCUACAUAGAGCUGGAGGCCAACAACGAAGGAGUGGAGUGUCUCAGGCUGCUCAACGAGAUCAUUGCAGACUUUGACGAGAUCAUCAGUGAGGACCAGUUCCGCCAGCUGGAGAAGAUAAAGACCAUCGGCAGUACCUACAUGGCAGCCUCUGGCCUCAACGACUCUACCUACGACAAGGAAGGCCGCUCACACAUCAGAGCCCUAGCAGACUACGCCAUGAGACUCAUGGAUCAGAUGAAGUACAUUAACGAACACUCCUUCAAUAACUUCAAGAUGAAGAUAGGUCUGAACAUGGGUCCAGUGGUGGCUGGGGUGAUCGGGGCCAGGAAGCCCCAGUAUGAUAUCUGGGGGAAUACAGUCAACGUGGCCAGCCGCAUGGACAGCACUGGUGUACCUGAGCGGAUCCAGGUGACCUCAGACCUGUACAACGUGCUGAACUCCUAUAACUACACACUGGAGUGCCGAGGCCUGGUCAAGGUGAAGGGUAAAGGAGAAAUGCAGACCUACUUCCUCACUGGAGGACCUCCCAGCAGUUAA